AUGGUAUUCCUGCUCCGUAACUUUAUCGAUAACGUUAUCGCCGGUUUCAUUUUGAACGAAAUAAGAGUGUUGUUCAUUUCGACGAUGACUGAGGAAAGUCACGACUCCACUGCUGCGAAACAUACAUCUUCUAGAUCAGUUGGUGUCAGUGGUGGUGGUGGGGUGUUCGCUCCGAUUACUAGGAAACAAGAGGAACGUGAGGAGUUGCUAAGGAAUGUUAGAACUGCAGAGACGCAUGGAAAACCCGAAUCGAGUGACGACAAAAAAGAUCCGUUAUCAGAUUACCCCAGAGCUCAGCAUAAGCAUAGAGAUAGAGGAAAGCAAGAUCCGAAUAAAAGAAGAGCCGUAGUUUAUCACGAAGACGAAGGUUAUGCGGCUGCUGUUGCGGAUGCAAAAAGAGGAGCCAGCGGGAACGCCGAUGAUUAUGCUAGAGGUUCAACUUCUGACGAAUAUAAACGUCGCUUAUAUGCAUUGCGUGAAAAAUAUCAUGAAGAGAAAGUUGUCGAAGAAGGCGAAUCACAAAGCCUCUAUAAGGUGACAGCAAUUAUUUUAACAUUCUUAAUUUGUUUGAUGAUUAUACUGUUAUUCAUUUUCGGAGGUACAGAAGAAGGCAAACAAGUUAUGUAUCGGAAAUAUAUACAAUCCUUGGAGGUUUUACGAUACAAAUAUGGGGUUAUGACGGAGAAUCUAGAUUGUUCCAUUCAUAUGAAGCGACGAUACAUCCAAGGCGACACAUUGCACGAUAUCAUUCGACAGGGGCUCAUGUGCUUGUAUGCUCUUGCACCUCAUACUGUGCAUGCAUAUUCCUCGGUUCAAAUGAUACUCGCCUAUGCUCAGACAGAGUUGGGCAUGGCGCAAUACCACGAAAAGUCCCGUAUGGCUUCGAAAGACCCAGUGACAUGCAAAAAGAACGAUACAUCCCGAUGUGGAUUGAGCGGAGUGAUGGCGUUAGUCAACGGGUUCAGCUACACUAGUGGGAGGCUCCGCGAAUCCCGAUUGAACAGUGUUUGGUACGAGGGAGAUGUAAACGAUCAGUAUCACGAAGCUAUUUGGUCGCGUUCUUUCUGGAAGAACACUACGUAUGGCUUCAGAAAUCGGAGCAUAAGUCACAGAACGUUCAGAAUACCUCAACUUCUUGUUAAGCUUGUUAAAAAUACACCUAAGGCUAAAGAACUAUUAGUUCAAUGGCACAAACGUUUCCCACACUUGGAUCUGAAGAAUUUGUCAGUAAAAGAUUCCAUCACUAUUUCGAAUAGCGAAGCGAGAAGGGCAGCAUUUUUAUUUGGAGCGAGUAGCGCUAAAAGAGUGUCGGUGAGUGAUGAACUAAUCCACUACGGCCUGUACACUUCAAGAACAAGGAAAGAAAAAGUGGAGAUCGUUUUCCCAAAAAAAAGCAAAAAAAAUGUUCAGACGUUAUCGUUUAUGGCAGCUUUUAUAAUUAAAGUCGUCUUCAGGGCGUUCAAGAAGGCGAAGCCUAGGGAGAAAGAAGCUUCUAUUGCGAUGAUGUCUUUGAAUGCUCAAACCAUAGCCUUGCAAAUUCUUCCUAAAACACGAGAGUGGACUGGAGAUGAACAGGACCCUUCACUGCUGCAAUUCUACACAAACGCUAUAAAACAAAUAAUUAGGCAGACUUAUGAUAAGGGCCCUGUGAGAAUUAAAAGGAAUGCCACUGAUCGAGUGACCUCAAUUAUGAUGGGCCAAACAAAUAAACUCUCUGAUGCAGUAUUGAUGAUGGAAUUAUCGUUACCACAUAUUUUCGACCCAAGCGGAGGUAGCGAGAAACAGCUUGAAUAUGCACCGUUUGUUCAUGAAAAUGGGAAACGUUCGCUUCCAUUUACAUCAUCCGCAGGUGUUAUGGUUAUCAAAAAAUCGGGAGGAACAACUAAGGGAUUCCUUGUUGCAACUGCAUCAGGUAGCGAGAGGACGGUGGAAGGUGUGGCAAAUGCUAUUUUGUGGAUGUUGUUACUGAAAUCAGGAGCUGGAACAGCUGUAAAAACAAAGGAUGCUUAUCUCGAUACCACUGAUGGUCUCACUCACUGCACUCCCUCCCAUGCUCCAAAAUUUUUUCUGGUAGUUUUCGAAGAUUGGUGGGAAAUGAACAAAAAGCUGAAAUCUCUCUUCAACUUUGCGUGUGAUUCACUUGUUCAUAAGGAACCGAAUCGAACUGUUAUGGCUUGGGAAAGACGCGAUGCCCAGGCCUUUACGUUAGCGUUGAGCCAGAAAUAUGGCGGUUACAAUUAUGCAGCUGCAUGGUUUGAGGCUCACGGACGCGUAACUGGCUUAUACAAUGAUUUGCUGUGGCUUGCCGACGUGUCAAUGAUCUAG